UAUAGAGCAAAUGCUUGCCUCCAAUCCUGGAAAGACCCCGAUCAGCCUUCUCCAGGAGUAUGGGACAAGAAUAGGCAAGACGCCCGUGUAUGAUCUACUCAAAGCCGAGGGACAAGCGCAUCAGCCCAACUUCACCUUCCGAGUGACUGUCGGGGACAUCAGCUGCACUGGUCAAGGCCCAAGCAAGAAGGCAGCCAAGCACAAGGCAGCAGAGGUGGCCCUAAAGCUCCUGAAAGGGGGAAAUAUGCUGGAGCCAGCAGCAUCGGAGGAAUCCAGCUCUCCUUUCUCCCUAGAGCCCCUUUCUCAGCUCAGCACUGCGGCGGCCCCCGCAGCACCCAUCUUGCCUGCCGCCUCUCCCAGAAGCUCACAGAUGGAGGUGAAGUCGCCCGUCUCGCCCCAGCAGUCGGAGUGUAACCCCGUGGGGGCGCUGCAGGAGCUGGUGGUUCAGAAGGGCUGGAGGCUGCCGGAAUACACCGUCACCCAGGAGUCGGGGCCUGCCCACCGCAAGGAAUUCACCAUGACCUGCCGGGUCGAGAGGUUCAUCGAAAUAGGGAGCGGCACCUCCAAGAAGCUGGCCAAGCGUAAUGCGGCGGCCAAGAUGCUGGUGCGAAUCCACAAUGUGCCCAUGGACCAGCGGGAGGGCAGCGAGGCCGAGGUGGAGGAGGACCAGUUCUCCAUUACCGUGGGGAACAAGCUGGACAGCCUGAAGGGCCGGCUCUCGGCCUGCACCUGGGACUCGCUGCGCAACUCGGCCGGCGAGAAGAUCCUGCAUCUCAAGAGCCACCCGCUGGGGGCGCUCAACGCUGGCUUCUGCAGCCUCCUGCAGGAGCUCUCCGAGGAGCAGAGCUUCGACAUCAGCUACCUGGACAUCGACGAGAUGAGCCUGAGUGGCCUGUACCAGUGCCUGGUGGAGCUGUCCACGCAGCCGACCACGGUGUGCCACGGCUCUGCCGCCUCCCGCGCCGCCGCCCGCUCCGCCGCCGCCCGCAACGCCCUGCAGUACCUCAAGAUCAUGGCGGGAGGCAAAUGA